AUGGCGUCGACCAGGCUCAAGAAACGCCAGCCGCGCGUGCUCUCAUGGGCCAUGGACCACAUUCACGAGUAUGGGGGCGACCCCUCGCGCAUUCUCAACCCCCCAUCUCUCAUUCACGCCCCCACCUCUUCUCCUCUCUCCGCCCUGCUACGGACCGACAGGUCAUUGCCAUCCACCAAGUACACGAAACGUCAUUGCCAUCCACAGUACAUGAAACGUCCAGGGCGCUCUCAUGGGCCAUACACGCCAUGCCACCUCCCUCCCCACCACUUCUUCUCCUCUCUCCGCCCUGCUACUGACCGACAGGUCAUUGCCAUCCACCAGGUGCACGAAACGUCCAGGGCUCUCUCAUGGGCGAUGGACCACAUUCACGAGUAUGGGGGCGACCCCUCGCGCAUCUUCCUCACAGGCCACUCCUCAGGCGCCCACGUCUGCUCCAUGGUUGUGUGGCGCCGCCUCAGGACAGGAAGGGGAAGCGCAAUCUCAGGAGGAGAAAAUCCCACCUCUGUUGCAGAUGCAGUGAACAGAGCAACGUCAAAAGAAGCAGCUAAGCAGGCUCUUCGAUCCCACCUCCUCAAGUCAUCAGCUUUCACGCAACUGGCAGAUGCCACACCAGCUGAUGCCACACCAACUGAUGCCACACCAACUGAUGCCACACCAGCUGAUGCCACACCAACUGAUGCCACACCAACUGAUGCCACACCAGCUGCCGCCAUGCUACCUCCAGCGCCAUCCUUGCCAGCUUCUUCACCACUCCAACCAGCCCAAGAGUUCACCACCCCUCCUCCCUUCUCCGUCUCCUCCUCCUCUUACACAGCUGCAGCAGCAGCAACAGCAGCGGUGACACCUUCAGGAAACGCCUCAUCUCCUUCCGAUCAAGAACCAUCCUCCUCUCAAGAGGCAGACCCCCUCUCCUCUGAUUGCUUCUCCUCCAGGUUCCUCGCCCCGUCGCCGCCCCCUCCUCUCGACAUUCUCAGGCAGGAGCUGGGAGGGGGUGUUGCUGAAGCUUUCAAGUAUGGGGGAGAGGGGGGCAGAUCGGGGGAUGAAAAAACUGACGGCAGGGGAACAGGGGAGGGAGCAGGAGGAGCAGGAGUAGGAGGAGUGGGAGUGGGGAUUCGUGCAAAGACUUUGGUUUAUGAGGACGUUGUUCAUUCGGCUUUUGCGUGCUGGGCUGUGAGAGGCGAGAGGAGAGGGAGAAGGGACGGAGAGGGGGGUGGAGGAGGGGGGGUUGUGAAGGGUGGAGCGCGGGAUGGGGUGAGCGAUGGGGAGGUGGGGGGAGGAGGGAAGGAGGAGGAAGGGGAGUGGAAGGGAGGGAUGUUAAUGAGAAGCAAGAGCAUGAGGAAACUGAGUCAACAAGAGGGAGGAGAUGGCGGGGCGGAGACCGCGGAUGGGGAGGAGAGGGAGGAAGUGGCGGGGCAGGUGUUAUCCAGUGGAGGUGCAUCUGAUGAGAUGCUCAGCGAGGGUUGCCUUGCCAGUGAAGGGGCGGUAUUAGAAGCCAGUGGAGAAGGAGCAGCGGCUGCCGAAGAAAAGGCAGCAGAGAUCGCAGAGGUGGCAAAUGGGGCGGCGGCCGCCGCACCAGUUGGGGUUGCAGCUGAAGCUACAGGUGGAGCUGUGGCACAACCAGGGGUUUCUUUAGAAUUCUAA